AUGGUCUUCCUUCCGCCGGGUACACCGUACAACAUCCUCGAACCUUACACCGCGUUUUUCCAGAGGGUAAUGGACGGCGGGCCCAUAGGCCCAGCUCCGCAUAGGGUCUGCGACAUCGUCGAGACCUUCACAUUGGACAACAUCGAGUACAGGCCUGAUAUGCAAGGAGAGAUUCUGGAGAAGGCCACAGAUGAGGGUGGGGUGCAGUGGGCCCGUAUCUUCAUCGAGGGCGUGGCGGAGACUGGAACUAAACCUGACGACCGCAAGAAAUGGGUACCUCUCGACAAGAUCAAGAUCGGCUCGGACUGGAGAGGUCAUGAUGAUGGCUGGCGUUCUCACGAGAAUGACUUUGUCGGCGCCACAUCGGCAGGUCACCAGGAGGGGAAGCCCGAAUCUUCGAAGAAGACGGUCCACAAGGCAUCAUGA